AAAUUAGGGUUUCCUUGGUUUAGGGUUUAUCGCAGAAGGAUGGGGAAGAAGAAGGGCGCGGCGUGCGCGCACCCCAGGAAGCGAUUCUACCGCGCUCGCGCCCACAGCAAUCCUCUCAGCGACUCGCAUUUCCCAGUUCCAGUGAGCCCCGCGCACUGCGACUGGACGGAGCACUUUCCUGUUCUAGCCGCGGCGGGCGAUGGAUCUGCAUCAGGGCAGCAGCAGCAGCAAGUUCCCAAGGUCCGAUUUGCGGACGUGGGGUGUGGAUUUGGGGGCCUGCUCGUCCGCCUCUCGGAUCUCUACCCGGAGACGCUGAUGAUCGGGAUGGAGCUCCGGGACAAAGUGACCGAGUACGUCAAGGAGAGGAUCGUGGCGCUGCGCAAGAACAAUCCCGGUCGCUACGGGAAUAUCUCGGUCAUCCGGACCAACGCGAUGAAGUUCCUGCCCAAUUACUUCGACAAGGGGCAGCUGGAGAAGAUGUUCUUCCUCUUCCCGGAUCCACACUUCAAGGAGAAGAAUCACCGCAGGAGGAUCAUCAGCCAGGGAUUGCUGGCCGAGUACGCGUACGUGAUGGCCGAGGGGGGGAUCCUCUACACCGUCACGGACGUCCAGGAGCUCGGGGAGUGGAUGAAAUCCAACCUCGAUGCGCAUCCCCUGUUUGAGAGGAUCAAUCUGGAGGAGCAAAGCAGCGAUCCGGUGGUGGAAUUUCUAGUGGCGACCUCGGAGGAGGGCCAGAAGGUCGCGAGGAAUCGAGGCGACACGUUCGUCGCUGUGUACCGGAGAGUUCCAUCGCCGCCAUAGCCGGAAGCAUAUUCCCCAUUUGAUGCUUCUUUCGUUUUGUUAAAGGAUAAAAAGUGCUCCCUAUUUUUUGGGUU